CAAGCUACAAAGGGAUAUGAAGAACUGAAGGAGGAUAAGAAAAGUUCGUUUUCGAAAUGGUUUCUUUUCGAUUGCUCACUGUAGUCUUCACUGUCACACUUUAUUUUGACUUCUAUGAAGCCACUCAUGACAAAUGUGCUACUGAAUUGUGCAUGGACAGUAAGAUUGAUAUUAAGAAAGAAAUGAGUGAAAGAAUAAAUUUUACAUCUGGACCAGAAGGAGUGCGAGUUCGCUUCAAACCAGGGCUCUUUAGCUUUGGAUGCAGCUACUUUGACAUGUACAAGGCUUGUGUACCUACGGGGUUGGAUCCAUGUAUUCCCGAGGAGUUCCGAAAGAGAGCGAAAGAAUUUUUUGAAGCUUAUGACGACAUUGCGUGUACCAAAGCUGAUAGGCUGGACAAGUUGAUCGACUGUAUGAUCAAUGACGAUGUCCAGAAAAUGUUUUUUGAGGACUUGGUGUUUAAUGCUUCCUCCCUUAUGAGUAAAAUGAAAACAAAUGAUUCUAACGUAUGCAGUGAAAUGAAGUCGGAAAUCAGUGCCACUGUGACGAAACUCUCGGCUUAUUGCGACCAUGAUGGUCUGCGAGCUCUUUUGCAGUACAUGAACGAGUUGGCAGAAUUGUUACCAGAUAUUUUGCAACUGCUUGAAAAUGAAUCGGAAUAUAUAUACCUUUGCAAAGACGAGUUUAUGGAAGUGACGUCAACAGCCCAGAGUUUCCUUACCAGGCGAGCUUCAGUCGCAGAGACUUCACGCAUCGUCCGAUCUCUAUUUGGCCUGUAGUUCCGUCUUUUGUUUUCUGAUAAUCAAUCAAGCAUGGAAUAAAAUAUUGCACAACUUGA